AUGCCAAGAGUAACCCCAAUACUGCGCAGAGCUCGUAAAGCCAUUCAGGAAUUGGAUUUGCUCAAAGUUCUGCAAUCAGAAAUCAACCACGAACUCUCUUCCAAUCGCUUCCAGACAGGUGAAAGCGGUUCCUCCAAAGAUUUUGUUCUGGAAUGGGAUUCUCCACAGACCCAAGAUGUGGUUUUGCGGAAAAAAUGUGCAUCUGGGGAGGAAGUAGCUAUUUCAGCUUUGUUAGGCCGUGAAACAUUCCAAGGAGAUGGUAUUUUGCCCAGGGAAGCUUUGAUAAAAAUAUGUGUUAAGAAGCCUGGUUUGAACUCCCUCUUGCAGUUUGAUUGUAUAGCAUCUGGGAAAGGUGGUAAUGAAUCUGAGUUUGACAUUCAGAAUGCAAAUUACAUACAUUUGCCAUCAUGCCUGGGUUCUUCAUUCUAUAAAGGUCCCCCAUUCAGUUCUUUGGACGCGGAUUUGCAACACGAGCUAAAACAAUAUCUUGCUACCAGGGGAAUCAUGACAUCUGCAUGGAGCAGGAUUUCGACUGGCCUACAGAUUAUAUAG